AUGUGGGUAUUUUUUAUAUCGUGGUACUUCCCAAUUAAAACCUCGCAGGAGCUCCCCCAGCGCCUCCGCAGCCCUCAGCUCCUCAUUUACCCCAUUUCUCGCUGGAAACCCCCCGAGUUGCUGCGUCAGAGAGCAACACCGGCUGGCGUCGGGACCCGCCCGGGGCCGGAGCGGCUGCGAGCGGAGGCAGUGCGCAGGGAGCUCCCCUCUCCUUCCAGCAGGCAGCGGCCUGCGAACAAUGGGGCAGCGCUCGGAGCAGGGGGCUCGGAGCAAGGGGCUGGGAGCACCUCCCCGCCCGCUUCCCCCGGAGCCCCGGGCUCAGCCUUUCCAUCUCCCCCCAGCUUCACCCUCUGCUCCCCUCACGGCUUUACUCACCCUCCACACUCUCCCGCCCGCAGCGCCCAGCGCGCUGUGCCGCGGGAGUGGGGGGGGGGGGGGGACCGGGCUGGCCCGCGGCCAGCUGCUCCGCCGAGCCUAUCCCGGGCUCCGGGGCAGCCCCCGGGCCCCCCGCUCGCCGCCCUGACCUCCCGCUGCCGGCCGGCCCGGGCCCCGGCCGCCUGCCGCCCGCAUGCCGUGAGCACUACCAGCAGGAGAGGAGGAAGCACUACAGACGCCGCACCUGGGCGCUGCAGUGCUCGCCUCUUCCCUUCAGGGGACGGUGCUGCACACAAAAGGCCGCGCAGCAUUGUUCUCCUCCCUGACCCCCGCGGCCCCUCGCCCUCGGGCCGGGAGAGGGGAGAGGAAGCGCCGGGGCCGUUCCCCUCGGGGGGGGGGGGGGUCCCCCCGCCGCCAUUUCCUUCCCCCUCACUCGCAGCCUCCUCCCCGAGGGGGGGGCCGCCUCAGGAAGGCUCGGGGGGGGGGAGCCACGGGAAAGGAGAGAGGGAAAAAAAACACACACACGCACCGCCGCGGCGGCUCGAUUUAAAUAAUUGCAUAAUAUUAGGAUUUAACUUAUAAAUGUUUACAUUCGCGUGAUUUGAUUAACGUCACGUCUGAUUUCCUGAAAGCCGCUGACGAGGUGCUUUAUAACGGGAGAUCGCCCGCAAUAUUCAACAGGCGGAGACUCCCCCACACACACACCCCCCUUUCCCUCCGAGGGGCCUCCUCAGCCAGGGUCCCCACACACCCCUCCGGGGCCCGAGGCGCGUCCGCCCCCGCCGCCCGUUAGCGCCGCGGCUCCCGGGCGGGCGCUGAGGGGCUGAGGAGAACCGGGAGGGGGGAGGAAGGAGGGGGCGGGCACCGGAGGCUCGAGCGCGGCACGAGCGCGGCCGGCGCGGGGAAUUGUGGGUUUAUCCUUCGGCCAGACAGCUUCAAGACUGAAACGCUACUGCCUAUAGAGUGGAGAUUGCAGAUUGCACGCUACUCAACGUGAAAAGGAGCACGUUUGAUUGAUAGUCUCGGGGUGGGUGUGUGUGUGCCC